UGUGAUAUAGUGAUCAUUUGUUUGGUUAUUAGUGUCUCAGGUAAUAAGGUAAUUAAAUAAGCGGAUCAGUUAGAAGGCCAAUAUUUAAUUACUACAAAAACGAGGUCAAGUGUCGUUCAUUUCAACAUCGGAUAGCAGCCAUGGCAAACAACACUCAACAAGUGCCUCGUGUGCUUGUGAAUAGGGUGUCAGAGCAAGCUGUUUUCCCGUGUGGUGGUAUUAUUUCAAGUGCAAAGACGAUCACAUUACCAGGUUGGAAUAGGACGUUGGUUCCCACGGACUUGAGGUUCAUUAUACCUGCAGGAGUACGUUUACACAUUGCUAUUAUACCUGAUUUGUCGCAGCAAUCCCUUUCAGUCGAUCAAGGGUAUAUUUGUGGUCCCUGCUCAGAUGAGCUGGUUUGGGUCGAUACGUACAAUAGUUCGGGUGCACCCUUUGAACUUAAAGCGGGCGAUCAUAUUGCAUGGUUGGAUGGUUUACACAAUAAAAUAACACCAAAAUUAAUUGAUGUCACCCCUCCUUUUAAUAAUCAACCAACUAGUUACAAGUAACUAAUGCAUUACACAACGCUAUUCAAUAACCACUUCUUGAUAUGAUACCUAACAUGGUUAAUUUACGAGUACAAACUUUGCGUCAAUUUCAAAUGGAAUUGUUUUUGUUGAA